AGAGAUCCCUCUCUCUCACAUAAAAUAUAUAUUUUCUCUUCAAUUAUUAUAUUUAUUUGCAGUCGUCAUUCAGUCUUUGUCAGUCAUUAUCAAAAACCUUUUGUUUUGAAUUAAACAAAGCCAAUAAUUCAAUUUUAAUAAAAAAAAUAAUUAAUCAUGGCAUUAGAAAUUCCUCCAACUUUACAAAAGCUGUUUGGACACAUUGAUGAACACAAACAAGAAUACAUUGAUAAUUUACGUGAAGCUGUUGCAAUAAAAUCAGUAUCAUCAUGGCCAGAUGCAAGAGAUGAAGUAUUUAAAAUGAUGAAAUGGAUGGAAGAAAAAAUGAAAAGUCUUGGUGCAACAACUGAACUUGCUGAUAAUGGUAUUGAAACAUUAUUAGAUGGUAAAAAAAUACCAUUACCACCAAUAUUAUAUGGUCAACUUGGUAAUGAUAAAAAUAAAAAAACAGUAUUGAUAUAUGGUCAUCUUGAUGUACAACCAGCAUUAUUAGAAGAUGGAUGGGAUACAAAACCAUUUGAACUUAUUGAAAAAGAUAAUAAAUUAUAUGGACGUGGUAGUACUGAUGAUAAAGGACCAGUAUUAUGUUGGUUACAUGCAUUACAAGGUUAUCAAGCACUUGGUAUUGAUAUACCAGUUAAUGUUAAAUUUGUAUUUGAAGGAAUGGAAGAAUCAGGCUCAGAGGGUCUUGAUGAAUUUUUAUAUAGUAAAAAAGAUACAUUUUUAAAAGAUACUGAUUAUGUAUGUAUAUCUGAUAAUUAUUGGCUUGGUACAACAAAACCAUGUAUAACAUAUGGCUUACGUGGUUUAUGUUAUUUUCAUAUUGAAGUAUGUUGUGCUAAAGCUGAUUUACAUAGUGGUACAUUUGGUGGUACUGUACAUGAAGCUAUGGCUGAUUUAAUUUAUCUUAUGAAUACAUUAACUGAUAAUAAUGGUAAAAUACUUGUUGAUGGUAUUUAUGAUAGUGUUGCUGAAAUAACUGAUGCUGAAUUAUCAAGUUAUAAAGAUAUUGAAUUUGAUGUUAAUGAAUUUCGUAGUACUGUUGGUACUAAAAAAUUAGCACAUAAUGAAGAUAAAACACAAUUAUUAAUGCAUCGUUGGAGAUAUCCAAGUUUAUCAUUACAUGGUAUUGAGGGAGCAUUUAGUGAACCAGGUGCUAAAACAGUUAUACCAAGAAAAGUUGAUGGUAAAUUUUCAAUAAGAAUUGUACCAAAUAUGACUAUUAAAGAAGUUGAAGAAAAAAUUAAAUUACAUAUGGAUAAACAUUGGGCUUUAAGAAAAUCACCAAAUCAAAUGAAAUGUACAAUGGGACAUGCAGGUAGUCCAUGGACUGAAAAUCCUGAUCAUCCACAUUAUUUAGCAGCACGUACUGCAACAAAAUAUGUUUAUAAUGUUGAUCCAGAUUUAUCAAGAGAAGGUGGAUCAAUUCCUGUUACAUUAACAUUUCAAGAAGUUACUGGUAAAAAUGUUUUAUUAUUACCAGUUGGUUGUGGUGAUGAUGGAGCUCAUUCACAAAAUGAAAAACUCAAUGUUUAUAAUUACAUACAAGGAACAAAAUUACUUGGAUCUUAUCUUUACGAAUGUUCAAAGCUGUGAGUGUUAUUAAAAACUGAACAAAAAAAAUAAUGGAACCAGGGUAAAAUUCUUAUUAAUAUUUUACAUUUAUU